AUGGCGCGCUACUUGACUGCUCCAAAAUUGGGGCUUCUGGCGUUGGUCUCUCUCUAUGCUGAAGCCUCCGUUCCAACAGCAUCAAGCGUACCAAUUCUGUCCUUUUUGAUCACUCAUAUCGUAUCCGAUAUAGCGAAUAAUGAUCAGCACAAGGCAGAAUUGUCCAGUACUACUAUUACGAUACAAAGCUUUCAAAAAGUGAUAGCGAAUCAUCCCUCAACGAUUGCUGGACGAUUGCUUUGGGAUCUCUUCCUGGAUAAAUUAUGGGGAAUAGAUUCGUUGGACGCACUCCACGAAUUUUUUGACAACCUGGGAUUGCUGCUACUCAAAUCAAAAGAAGAGCAAGUAGCGGACGAUGAACAAGGCAUUGAGAUUCCUGAUGGUGCCAUUUUGCUCUCUCGUACUUCCCCCCUGGGGGCCUUUGUUCGACGCGCGCGUAUAGAGUUCACUCGGCUUCAAUUCCAUGACACGGUAAUGCUAUGGAAAGCACUCAUAUCUUAUCGCCUGCCUGCAUUGAGAGAAUGGAACGACAGAAACCUAAGAAUUAAUCAAUCAGACCCAAAGCAUGACCUUCAGCGUCUGAGUUUUGAUGCAAAUGUCUCUGAAAAUUGUUUGACUGAGCAGGGUAUGAUUGAAGGGUGCGUUAGUGCAGAUGAUAUUGAAAAGCUUCUAGAAUUCCAAGUGGAGGAAAUGCAGAGCCUAGGAACUCGACUCCCCGAGGAAGUUAAACAGCACCUUUCAGACGCGCUCAAGAAUGGCGUGAUGGUCACAAGCCUUUCUCAUUAUGUAAAGUUCCUUGACUCGUGGAGAUCUGGUGACUAUCCGUCCUCAUUUGAUCACCUGCAUAGAUACUUUGAUUAUACGAUGCAAAACCGAGACCGAACAUUUUAUCAAUACGCAUUGUUGAAUCUGGCGAUUCUUCAGGCAGAUUUUGGAUGCUACAGUGAAGCUGUCGCGGCCAUGGAGGAGACAAUCGCCACAGCUAGAGAGAAUAAAGAUGUUGGAUGUUUGAACUUCAGCCUGAGCUGGUUAUAUCACUUUAGCAAGGCGCAUCCAGAUGAAUUAAGCGCUAUUGGAAAGGGCAGCGGUCUCGGAGUCGCAAGGGAAGGCCUAGCCUACCUCAAGGCUAAAGCAAAAGAGGCGGGAAUGUUCAGUCUAUUAAGCACGACCCUUCUCAGUGAGACCAAGCUGUUACUGAACAAUGGUGAAAGCCUACCUUCGGCUUUAGAGAAUGUCAUUAAAGCUUCUCAUUUGAAUGUAACGAAGAAUCUUACCAGUACCAUUGGUUCACAGAUGCUAUUGCAGUCCUCGAUUUAUGGAAGACUCGGUAUAACGAGCUUGUCGUUGUCUCAGUGUGAUAUUAUGCUUCAUUGUUAUGCAAGUAAUAUCUCUCACGAAGAGGUUCUGAAGUGUAUAUGUCGAAGAGCCCUCGCAUCCGCUCAGAGUGGGCGAUAUGAUGAAGCAGAAAACCAAUUAGAAGCUGUUAAAAGGCACUCUUUUAAUACCUUGAAACCCUAUCAAUACUGGACGACCAUUUCGGGCCUUCUUCGGACCAAGCGCCAGUUACACCGGAAUGACUUAGAUUCGGCGGAUCAUUUACUUAAUCAACUAGCCGCGGCACCCUGUCCGGAACCGGACGUUUCGUUUUCGAUAUCUCUUCUCAGGCUAGACCUUCUGAUACGGCGUCAUUCUUACAGCAGGGCAUUGCACAUUCUAGAGGACUUGUUCGAUAAGCUCACUGAUACGGGAGCCGAUAUCUACUGGCGAGUCCGGUUGAUGAGUUUGAAGGCUAUUAUUUUUGCUAAAUGUGGUGUCCCGCAAAAAUGCUUUUCUGUUGCCUUGAGAGCAGUAUGCAUUGCUCAUCAAGCUCGCAUCCUUCCCGGACUUUGGGAAGCUGUCUAUGCUUUAGCUCUGGUGCUCAUAAACUUACGGGAAUACCAAGCAACUGCAAAUCUCCUUGAUGGAAUUAUGCCUCAGGUGCUCGAAUGGGAGGAUUGCGCGUUAUCCGCGCAACUCUACUCAUCUCUGGUGGAUUCAUAUAUUGGUCUUGCAGGAGAAACAGAAAAGCAUUCUUUGUCACAACAAUCUCUCCUGGAUACCUCCCUAAGUUUGAUUGAUGCUUCCAUUCAUGAAUACUCGAAGAUAGAGGAUCUUAACGGUCAAUGCGAAAUGGUGGCCAAAAAGGCAACCGUUAUGCAUCUCUUGGGUGCCUCAGAUUCGGCUGAAGAGACUGCUGCCAGAUAUAUGGAGCUUAUAAAAAAGCAGCCAGAACUUGGACGGUAGCCAUUUCUGGCCUAGAAUUCGUUGGUUGACUGAGCUGGAGAGCACAUUAGGAAACCAAUCAGCAGCCUGAAAUUUUGACGUUAAGCGCAUGCCGCAAGCAACAAAGUUCCAAUGGUCAAGAGCAGAAUGUAGACUUGAUUCAUGGCCGGUCGUAUAUUUCAGACGCGGUACUUUGGGAAGCGCUCGUUAAAAACCAGCACCUUCUUAACGUCUAGAUUCCUCCUUUUUCAUAUGUUAAGCAAUAAUUCCACAUCAGGGAAAUUUUAAUUUAGUGCG